GUUCUGGAGGGCCUGAGUUUGCCAGGUAUCAACUGUGAUCUGUGAAGUCAAAUGAGAUCGUCAUCACCAUGCAGGAAACAUGAAUGAAAUAGAAAACUAACUGGAGACUCUAAACGUGUUUGGAAAGAGGCGCUACGUAUAUAGGGUCUCAUUUUGUUGUCCAGGCUGGUCUCAAACUCCCAGACUCAAGUGAUCCUCCCGCCUUGGCCUCCCAAAGUGCUGGGAUUGCAGGCACAAGCCACUGCUCCCAGCCUUCCAAUGUUUUAUUCGGAAAAAAUUGCAAACCUUCGGAAGAGCUGGAUGGAUGGACAGUGAUCACCAGCAUCCUCUCAUACUAGGAGCCUUGAACCUGGACAGUCCGUGGCUGAUGGUCUCUGUAGCUCACAGGUUGUACUGGCCACACAGAGCUGUGUUCCAAGCUGUCCUGGAACUGACGCUGGGCAAGGCCUGGACCCUAAAGGACCUGGUGGUCAGUGUGGCCUGCAGCAGUCAGGGCCCCACCAGGGAAGGCAAGAUUGAGAUCUACACUCCAGCUACCACCUACCUCCAGGUUUCCAUGGUGAUGGUCUUGGCACAGAGCCUCUUCCACAGCUGGAGCAAACUCGAGUCAGCCUGGAACACAGCAGUGGAGGGUGAGAUCCAUGCUGAGAACAGCUGGGGCCGUAAGAUCCUGCACUGCUGGUUGAAAGGCCCCCAGUGGGAGCUCAACCUUACAGCGGCCUAGAGGCGUCUGGAGCAGCCACGGAAGACCCAGGUGUCACUGAUGGCUCUGAGGACCGGUGCCCAUGGCCAGCCUUGGGGCCUGCAGUUGGAAGGCGAGCUGGAGGAGCUGAGGCGAGACAGGACUUUGUACCAGAAACGGGGGACCUUGCUCUUUAGGCACCCCUUGCAGCUGCCCAUCCCGCAGAGCCUCGUCCUGCAGGGGACCUUCACGGCUGACAGGCAACGCGAGUGCUAUUCCCUGGAGACAAGGGUUGUCUUGAACGGCCGAGAGGAAACCCUGCAGACUGUUGUCCUGGGCUACCAGGCCAGACACCCCUAUGUCUGUGCAGGUCUGACACAUCCAUAUGAUGGCACAGCCAUCCCCAGGAACACAGAGGGGUGCCUGGUUACUUGGAAUCAGCACAAGGUGAGUGGAGAGACCUUUGCACACCAGCCAGCCCUGGCUCAAGUUGCUGUCAUCUCUCAAUAGGAUUAGAAACAUGUUCUCUGGGCUGAGUGCGGUGGCUCAUACCUGUAUCUCAGCCACUCUGGAGGCUGAGGCGGGAGGAUCUCGAAAGGCCAGGAGUUAGAGCCAUCUGGGCAACAUAUGGAAACCCCAUUUCUCCAAAAAAAAAAAAAAUGUUUUGUAAUUAGCCAUGGUGGUGUGCACUUGUAGUCCCAGCUACUCCGGAGGGUUGAGGCAGGAGGAUCAAUUAAGCCCAGGAGGUUGAGGCUUUAGUAAACUGUAAUCAUACCACUGCAUUCCAGCCUGGCUCACAGAGCAAGACUCAGAUACCCACCUUCCCCUAGAAGAGUUAUCCAUGCUGGGCAUGGUGGCUCACGCC